UGUUGAAAUUUCGGGUUUCCGAAAACGUGUAGCUCAUGGACACGGUGUCUUAACGACAUUAACUGAUAACAUUUAGUAUUCCGGAGGAUAAAACGCUCCAACAUGUCCGCAGAGCGGCAUAUGUUCCCCUCCUUUACGGUCCCUCAUGAGGCGGUGGAGGGUUUCGGGGGUAUGGAGUCGGAUUGCAGCCCGACGUCGGAGAUGGAAACCCUGCGGGUGUUCGUUAACGAGCGGUUGACGGCAGCGGUGGAAGACAUCGUGGGAGUAUUUGGGGAAACGGUGGCCCGGUACCGGGAACAGAUAGACCGACAGCAGAGACAGCUGGACAGCCUGAAGUCUGAGGAGGGGAAGUGGAGACAGGCAGAGGACUGUGUGCAGGCUUCCUCCUGGAUCAGACCCUGCCCUGAUGAUCAGGUCCUCAGUGUCCAACUGCAACAGACUGACCGUGUGGAUGACAUGAACAGCACUGCUUCGGCUGCUCACAUUAAAACUGAAGUUGGUGGUGAGCGUGGAGUGUCUGAACGAAAUGGUGACUAUGAUCCAGCUGGUGGUUCAGAGGCUGUGAGUGAUGGCGGAUUCCUCGCCGAGUCCUCUGAGACAGAAGACAGCGGAGACUACUGGAGCAAGGCUGUAGGACUCUGGAGAUGGGAGGAGAUGGCAGCAGCAGAGGGACAAAGUUCAUCUGACAGAAGGAAGGCGAGGAGCUCCUCUGAUGCGUCACCUCAGCCUGCGCCGGUGUUCGGCUGUAAAGUUUGUGGUGAGUCCUUCCAGAGUAUCAGUUAUGUGCUCACUCAUGCCGCAGCACAUUUGAGAGACAGCUGCCUGUGCGGGAAGCACCUGGAGCACACUGAGAACCUAAAGCUUCACCUCAGAGUCCACAGAGAGACGUCAUUCCGCUGCGGCAUCUGCGGUCAGAGCUUCACCCUGCGGGGUAACCUGAGAACUCACAUGAGGAUCCACUCAGGUGAGCGGCCGUACAGAUGCACUGUCUGUGGCAAGAGCUUUGGCAGGAGGGCAACACUGGUGCGGCACGUCCGCAGCCACACAGGUGAGAAGCCGUUCACCUGCACAUUCUGCGGCCGCAGCUUCGUGGAGAAGGGCAACCUGACUGUGCAUCUGCGGACGCACACUGGCGAGAGGCCGUACUGGUGUUCCAUUUGCGACAGACGCUUCAGCCAGCUGUCCUGCUUCUACAAACACCCGUGUCAGAGGAGAGGCCUGACCACAGUGCCCAUCAAUUCCACCUGACUGCCUGAAGACAAGGACAGAGAUUCUGAAGCAUUUCAACUCUUAGUUCCUUCUUGAGCUGUGGCAACUGACAAUGACUUGGGUUUUUCAUGUUUCAGAGCUGUUCAGGGUCUUCUCUGUAUAAUGGAAAAGACUUUUUCGACUGCAGGGUCAAAGCACAACCUUUACCCUAACAUGUAUCAAUUGCCAUGGGCUCUGCUUUUGUCCCAAGUGGCAACCUCUGAGGCUCAAAAAUGAAGCCAACGCGGAAGUGCCAAAAACUGCAGUUCCUUUCAUGGCCACUUGAGGCUGGCUCCAGAAGCCAGUGCUAAAAUGGCCAACUCAACAGCAGAAAUAAACAUGUUUACAACCUGGUACAAAAAACAGUCUUGGUCACUUUAGCUAAUUUAAACAUUCAUGACAACUGUGCAGGAGCUGAAUUGAGUGAGUGAGGCCAAUUCCUUUAUUUUUGUUGUACACUGAAAAUAUUUGGGUUUGACAUCAAAAGAUGAAUAUGGGACAAGAGAUCAACAUUUCAGCUUUUAUUUCCAGGUAUUUACAUCUGGAUCUGAUACACAACUUAGAAGAUAGCACCUUUUGUUUGAACCCACCCAUUUUUCAUGAGAGCAAAAGUAUUGGAACGUGUCACUGACAGGUGUGUUUUGUUGCCCAAUUACAUUGAUUAUUCAAACAAUAAAUAGCACUGAAUGUCUGCGCUGAGAGAAGAUGGACAGUCAUUCAGAGCCAUUGCACAAACAUUGGCCAUAGCCAGUACAACCAUUUGGAAUGUCCUGAAGAAGAAAAAACCACUGGUGUACUAGGCAACAGACGUCGAACAGGUAGACCAAGGAAAACAUCAGCAGCUGAUGACAGAAACAUUGUGAGAGCUGUAAAGAAAGACCCUAAAACAACUGUUAGUGACAUCAGCAACAACCUCCAGAGGGCAGGAGUGAAGGUAUCACAAUCUACUGUUCACAGAAGACUUCAUGAACAAAAGUACAGAGGCUACACCAGAAGAUGCAAACCACUCAUUAGCAAGAAGAAUAGGAAGGCCAGGCUGGAAUUUGCCAAAAGGUACAGAGAUGAGCCUCAGAAAUUCUGGGAAAAAGUUUUAUGGACUGAUGAGAAAAAGAUUAACUUUUUCCAAAGUGACGGAAAGGCGAAAGUUUGGAGAAAGAAAGGAUCUGCUCAUGAUCCCAAACAUACAAGCUCAUCUGUGAAACACGGUGGAGGUAAUGUCUAGCCAAGUCAGUCUCCAGACUUAAACCCAAUAGAGCAUGCAUUUUACCUGCUGAAGAGGAGACUGAAGGGAGUAACCCCCCAAAACAAACAACAACUGAAAGAGGCUGCGGUGAAAGCCUGGAAAAGCAUCACAAAAGAAGAAUGCAAAAGUUUGGUGAUGUCAGUGGGUCACAGGCUUGAUGCAGUUAUUGAAAGCAAAGGAUUUGCAACUAAAUAUUAAGUCUCAUUCACUUUAAUCUAUUUUAAGUUUAUAUGUUCCAAUACUUUUGCUCACCUAAAAAUUUUGUGUUCCAUUACAAAUAAUGCUAUCUUCUAAGUUGUGUAUCAGAUCCAGAUGUAAAUACCUGGAAAUAAAAGCUGAAAUGUUGAUCUCUUGUCUCAUAUUCAUGUUUUGAUGUCAAACCCAAAUGUUUUCAGUCUACAACAAAAGUAAAGGAAUUGGACUCACUGUUCCAAUACUUUUGGAGGGCACUGUAUAUAUAACUGACACAUUUAAAUGUUAUGAAGGCUUAAAAUUAUGCAUUAUUAAGGGCGUAGCAACUUUGAAUGACAGGCUGUGAAGCGUUGUUGCAUUGUAUGAGUCAGAUCCACCCCUCGCUUCUUCACAGCUCCACCCUCUCAUUAUGUCCUGCUCCAAAAAUCCAAGAUGGUGACGGCCAAACUUCCAAACUUGAGAUUUCAAAACAGUUUGAAUCCAAAUUCAAUUCAAUUCAGUUUUAUUUAUAAAGCCCAAUAUCACAAAUCCCAAUUUGCCUCAGAGGGCUUUAAAGCAUACGGCAUCCCUCUGUCCUUUGGUCCUUCACAGCAAAUAAGUAAAAGCUCAAAAAAAUAAAAUAAAAAAAAUAAAAACCUUUAACGGGGAAAAAAAUGGUAGAAACCUCAGGAGGAGCAACUGAGGAGGGAUCCCUCUUCCAGGAUGGACAGACAUGCAGACAAAUGUCAUGUGUACAGAAUCAACAUAAUAAAUUUGCAGUAAUCCAUAUGAUAAAAUGAUACAUAAAGAGAGACAGAGAGAGAAAUUGAGUCAGAGAGAGAUGCAGGACAGACAGUAAUGACUAAUAUAGUAAUAUAGUAUAUUUAUAAUAAAGUAAUAAUUACAAUAACAUUGAGUUAUCAUAUGAUAACAAUAAUAACAGUACUUGUGGUAGCAUAUGUUGUAAGUAGCUAUAUAUUAAUAUAUGAUAGUAUGUUUAAUAUGGGAGGUAAAAGUCAAAUCUUUAAAUGUUCAAAUAUUACUCCAAGUUUUCUUAUGAUAGUGGUAGAGGCCAGAGUAAUGCCAUCCAGAGAAACUAUAUAUUCAGAUAGAGAGAGUAGAGGACAUCUCUCUUCAUUUGAUAACAAUAAAGAUUAUCAAUAUAAAAGAGGGGGCGAGCGAGAAGAGAGCACGAGCAAGCAACAGAAAACAGUGCUGGUGAGGCGAGACAGCACUGCAAAGCUGGAAUGAGAGAAAUACAAAGUUGUUUUUUGAUAGUUUUAUGGCGGUUACAAAAUACCGUGAAGAAAGAUACUAUUAGUUUCUGUUUAAUUUUCCUCUGCAUUCGUCUUCGUCUUGGGGCGGCAGUAGCUCGGUCCAUAGGGACUUGGGUUGGGAACCGGAGGGUUGCCUGUUCAAGUCCCCGUCUGGACCAAAAUAUGGAGUGUGGACUGGUAGCUGGAGAGGUGCCAGUUCACCUCCUGGGCACUGCCGAGGUGCCCCUGAGCAAGGCACUGAACCCCCCAACUGCUCGGAGCGCCUGUCAUGGGCAGCCCACUCUGAAAUCUCUCCACUUACCAGUUUGUGCAUGUGUGUGUUCGGACCUGUGUGUAAUUGACAAACAGAGUGAAAAAUUGAAUGUCCCCCUGAGGGAUUAAUAAAGUAUAUAAAAUUAAAAAAAAAAAAAAAAAUUAAAAAAAUUAAAAUUAAAUUCUCAUGUGUUACUGUUAAUCUAACUGGUGGAUGCAUUGCUGUGGUUGGGCGGGGGCUUCAGGGCAGGGGCUUCGGGGCUCUUCUUACUAAGUUAACCAUGUUUUCACCUACGUCUGCAGUGGACAUGUAACGUGUUUAUGAUUAUGGUAUACCCAGUGAACACCAACCGGGAUCUCAGCAUUAAAUUCCAGUUGAAAACAGGAUGAUAAUUUGCCUAAUUGAACGUUGAGGACCUCUUUUCACCCUCCUUUCAACCAGCUAAAUUGUGGUUACAGCAUCAAUAUGUCAAAAUUACAAAUUUGUUUAAUUAUUUUGAUAAUUUGCUCAGCUGUUGGUCAAAUGAAAGACAAUAUUGAUAAAUGUGCAGGUAUAUCAAAGUCAUCUUGCACUGGUAGGUGAAAGGUGGCUAAAAAGAAGACAUAAUUUUAACACAUGAUAUUUAAUAUAAAAUGUCAUAAUUAUGGAACUAUGUUUGUUGUUAUCAAAUAGCACUGAGACAGCACUAGUUAAAAUUACAAAUAACCUUCUGAUUGCUUCAGACAAAGGACUUGUCUCUGUUCUUGUUUUAUUAGAUCUUAGUGCGGCGUUUGACACAAUUGACCAUCAAAUUCUGCUACAGAGACUGGAACACUUAAUUGGCCUAAAAGGUUCUGCGCUAAGCUGGUUUAAAUCUUAUUUAGCUGAUCGUUUUAAGUUUGUUCACGUUCAUAAUGAAUCAUGCCUAUGUACUAAUUGCCUUAAAGACAUAAAAACCUGGAUGAGCACCAAUUUCCUGGUGUUAAAUUUAGACAAAACUGAAGUUAUUGUUUUUGGUCCCAAACAACUCAGAGACUCUUUAUCUGAUGACAUAGUUUCUCUAGAUGGCAUUGCUCUGGCCUCCAGCACUACCGUAAGAAACCUCGGAGUAAUAUCUGAUCAAGAUUUGUCUUUUAAUUCUCAUUUAAAUCAAACCUCACAGACUGCAUUUUUUCAUCUGCGUAAUAUUGCGAAAAUUAGGCCUAUCCUGACCCGAAAAGAUGCAGAAAAAUUGGUCCACACUUUUGUUACCUCAAGGCUGGAUUACUGUAACUCCCUAUUAUCAGGUAGCUCUAUUAAGUCCUUAAAAACUCAAGCUAAUUCAGAAUGCAGCAGCACGUGUACUGACAGGAACUAAGAAACAAGAUCAUAUUUCUCCUGUUUUAGCUUCUCUGCACUGGCUCCCUGUAAAAUCCAGAAUUGAAUUUAAAAUCCUACUGUUAAUUGAUAAAGCUCUAAAUGGUCAAGCUCUGUCAUAUCUUAGAGAGCUCAUAGUGCCCGUAGUAUUAUGCCACCAGAAUUCUACGCUCUGAGAAUGCAGGGUUACUCGUGGUCCCUAAAGUCUCCAAAAGUAGAUCAGGAGCCAGAGCCUUCAGCUAUCAGGCUCCUCUCCUGUGGAAUCAUCUUCCUGUUGCAGUCCGGGAGGCAGGCUCCACAUUUGAGACUAGACUUAAGACUUUCCUCUUUGAUAAAGUUUAUAGUUGGGGCUGGCUCAGGCUUGGCUUGUACCAGCCCCUAGUUAGGCUGACUUAGGCCUCGUCUGCUGGAGGACCCCCUAAAAUACACUGGGCAUCUUCUCUCCUCUCUCUCUCUCUCUCUCUCUCUCGUGUCCAUCUUGCUAACUCGGCCAUUCUGGAUGUCACUAACUCGGCUUCUUCUCCGGAGCCUUUGUGCUCCACUGUCUCUCAGGUUAACUCGUAUUGCAGCGGUGCCUGGAUAGUGUGACGUGUGUGGUUGUGCUGCUGCCAUGGUCCUGUCAAAUGCCUCCUGCUGCUGCUGUUAUCAUUAGUCAUACUUCUACUGUUAUUAUACACAUGUGAUUAUUGUCACACAUGUAUACUAUCAGAUAUUAAUAUAUUAUUAUUAAUUAUAAUAUUAUUACUUUCAUUACUGUUGUUGUAAGCUACUGUCAUUACCGCCUGUCCUGCAUCUCUCUCUGUCUCUCUCUCUCUUUCUGUCUCAUUGUGUCAUACAGAUUACUGUUAAUUUAUGAAGUUGAUCUGUUCUGUAUGACAUCUAUUGCAUGUCUGUCCGUCCUGGAAGAGGGAUCCCUCCUCAGUUGCUCUUCCUGAUGUUUCUACCGUUUUUUUUUCCCUGUUAAAGGGUUUUUUUGGGGGAGUUUUUUCUUAUCUGCUGUGAGGGUCCAAAGGACAGAGGGAUGUCGUAUGCUGUAAAGCCCUGUGAGGCAAAUUGUGAUUUGUGACAUUGGGCUUUAUAAAUAAAAUUGAUUGAUUGAUUGAUUGAUUGAUUGUAGCCUGUGUGCUGCCAGCAAGAUGCUUUGAGGAGAUUUUCAGUUUCAGAUCUAUACAUUCUACAUCAUUCAUGUAAAGUAAGAACUUGUGCUUACUGCUGUAAUGUGCAUGCGCCAGUACUUCUCCGUUACAUCCUCAACUAGUUCAGAUGUAUGGGCGUCUUGUGGCCCACCGGGACUAGAGGGGCGAGGAGAAGGAGUUGAUGAAAUAAAUGCAAGUCUUCAUGCCGGCAUACUUUGUAAGCAUCUGUGCUACUGUAUUUCAAUAAAGCAAACUAGAAGACCUUGAUGGACAUUCUCCAUUUCCUUCGUGAAAAUAUAUUUAUUUUUAAUACUUGUUUUAUUUACAGGUUUCCACCAUAUCAAACUUCUACCUCCAACUAGAGGGAUCUUGCAUCAAUCAUGCGUUUUUCUGUUUC